AAUCAGUCAUAUGAUCAUCUAUCAAUCACGUGACUCUCCCGAGGAUGACGGAAGUGGUAAUGCGGUGUAGGAGCGUUUCAACAAUGGCCUUCACCUCGGUUUUAUUAUUCAUCUGCUCGAUUUAUAGCUGUUAUGGUCAAGUGCCUCUGCUCAUGUGGACCAGUGAUGGGUCCAACCUACACCUGGCCCAACCUGCAGCUGGUCAGACAGUGUCUGGAGGGCAGCUGGGGUCUUAUCUGAAAUCUGCAUUGUCCGUUGCUCCACACAAUGUGCUGCUCUUCCUGCAGGAUAAGCUCAGUAUGGAGGACUUCACUAUGUACGGUGGAGUUUUUGGCAACAAGCAAGACAGUGCAUUUUUGAAUGUAGAGUCAGCCCUUCAGACGUCCUCCAGUCCUCUGGUGUUGCCAGCCCUGGACUGGUCUGCAUCACAUUCCACCCUGGAGAUUUUCCAGGGAGAGCUGGGUAUCCCAGCAGUUCACAUCAACCCCAGCACCCUGAGAGAAAUCAAGCUGAACACCGCACAGCCUUCACUGCUGGCUGUCCAUCUCCCUUACACUGCUGGGGAUGAGACAAAGGAAUCGCUUAUGAAAAAUGAUGCGAUCAUUGGAGAGGUCCUUGACGUGUUCAGAUCUCAGGAUGUGCCUUACACUGCUGUAUACACCGGUCUGAAGCCCUCUAGAGUCGUUGAGGAGACUCCAGUAAUGGCAGGACAUUCUGUGGGCCGAUCGCUACUUCAGGCACCGCCACAGUCAUCUGUGAAAGCUCCACUCGUUGUCAAAAGCACAGCGGGCCAGCCCUGCAUCCUGCUGUGGGCUGACACUCUCCUCGCUAGUUACUCUGGGAAGCAGGUGGAUCUGGCAAGAGACAUUUUUAAUGGUUCUGCUGACACGACUGGUUCAGUUUGCAAUGAAAACCUGUCAAGGCUCGUCAUUAAUUACCAAAACGUUCUGGAUUUGCGAUCCCUCCGGCUUAUCUUCUCUAUGCGCAAGAUCUUAUUUCCUGUAUCUGCUCGCAACUGGUCGGUGGUGGAGCAGGUGGUGCUGGAGUAUGACGGCCAGAGGGCCAUCUUUAACGCCAGUGGUGGGAUCUACUCUCCUGCAGAGUAUUCUUUCCAUUGCCAGAGUGUGAGCAGCAUUCAGAGCCCCCUGCUGGUGCCUCGCAGUGCUACAGACAACGCUAACCAAUGGAAGCUGUCCUUCACUGAUUUUCAGAUCCAAGGCUUCAAUGUUACUGGUGAAGACUUCUCGUAUGCCAGCGAUUGUGCAGGAUUUUUCACUCCAGGGAUUUGGAUGGGCCUGCUGACCUCUCUGCUCAUGGUCUUCAUUCUUACCUAUGGCCUGCACAUGAUCAUGCAGCUUCACACCAUGGACCGCUUUGAUGAUCCAAAGGGCCCAACGAUUUCAGUGCCUCAGACAGAGUGAUUUAACCAAACACUGAACAACCAAAAACUGUCAUGUUGUCAAAAUUAUAAAAAAAUAUACUUGAUUUCAUAUGUAUGUCAAAAAUUAUGUGGUUGGUAAUCAGGAAUUUAUGGAUCUAGGGUUUUUGAGAGUAUGUAUAUUCAAAAUAUUUUUCAGUUUUGUUUUGACGUCUUGUAGAAAGAAUUCUCCCUUGUUACAAGUUUAAUUAUUUGAUUAAUUUUGAUAAAGCUUUACAAGAAGGUUCUAUACAAAUAAAUACAAUAGCUUACAUGAAAUAACAAUGAACAAUUAUUUUAAUUUUUUUAUGAUUAUUGAAGCUGUAAAAAAUGAAUACUGUUAUACACUGGACAUAUACAGGUAUAUGAAGGAACACUGAAUAUAAUACAACAUUUUAUAUUUGUAAAUUAACGUUGGUCUAGAGAUUAAAAAAUGCAAAAAAGUUUUUAAUUGACAUUAGUUUAUGAUUCCUAAUGCAUUGAAUUGAACAUACACAUUUCAGUACACAUACAGUGCACAUGCAUGUUUCUUGAAUGCAAUAACUUUUGGCAUAUUUUUCAUUAGAAAAUCUUUUCGGGCUGCUGUUAUUUAUCUUGUCAUUUAAAUCUGGUGGUUUGUUUGUCAUAUUGUACUAGAUUUGCCUUAGAAGGACCAGUCACUGCAUGGAAAAUGAAAAGUGGUCAUUAGGCUAAUUUAUUGGUUAUUAUACAACUAAGAGUGCCAUGUACCAAGUAUUCAUGCAUCUUCAAUGGAUAAUUGUUUUAAUUAAUUUAUGAGAUGCCCAGAAUUGUAAAAAAUGUCUUUGUUUUGUUGGGCAUUGAUUUGAAACAUAUAUUGUAUAUUCUUUCUACAGAUUCAAAUGAGCAGUUCACAUCACUAGAUUUGCAAUCAGAGCAAUGCACUGUAAUGUAAAUUUUAUGAACAUUGUUGUUUUCUAGUUGAAUGAUUAAACUACCGCUAAACCUCUCAA